AUGGCCACCUAUGAACGUGUUCCGACGGACUUCUUUCAACAGUGUCGCAAUUACUAUUUUCCAAAUCGUAUUUACGAUUUCAAGAAGCUGGAGAAUGACUUAUUGAAUACCAUAGAGUAUCGGAAAGACGAUGUUAUCGUGGUUGCAUAUCCCAAGUCAGGUAUUAAUUGGAUGUUGGUGUCACUUCGUGAGCUUUACAAAAAUACAUGGGGUGUUUGUAGAUCUGGCGACAGGGUCAUGGCACCCCUGCUCGACUGGUUAGUGUUUAAAGAUGGCCGUGUUAUCGAAGGUAUCAUUGAUGAUUGCAAAACACAAUUUCUCCACAGUAACUCGGCUCUUCCUUCACCGAGACUGUUCUGCACUCACUUACCUUACGAGUUUUUGCCAAUGAAAAAGCUGACAGAGAAAGGAGCUAAAAUAAUAUGUGUUGCUCGGAAUCCAAAGGAUGUCUGCACAUCUUAUCAUUAUUUUAUGAAGAGUUGGCUGGGCGGUGAGUGGUCGGUGCCAUGGCAACAGCUUGUGGAGAGCGACUUCAUCGAUGGACGAACAGAGUACGGCCCGUAUACUCGGUACAUAUUGUCGUGGUACAGUCAUGGACGAGACGAAAACAUAUUUCAUGUCACUUACGAAGAAAUGAAGCACAAGUACAAACCUACUAUGAAGAAAAUAUCAGAAUUUCUGGAGAAGCCAGUCACUGAUGCCGAUCUAGAACGCAUCGAGAAGAGUUGCUCCUUCCAGAACAUGGAUCCUAAAAGUCUGCCCUUUGAUGACAAGUCAUUCAAGAUGGGUCAAUUUUGUCGUAAAGGUAUUGUUGGAGAUUGGAAAAAUCACUUCACUGUGGCCCAGAGCGAACAAUUCGAUAAAUGUAUUGUAUCUGAAUUGACUAGUAACAACAUAAACUUUACUUAUGAGUAG